AUGGUAGAGCUUAGGGACUGGGCACUGUGCACUGUCCGUGUGAUCGAUUUGAGGGGGAGGUAGGGGUCAAGGCAUCCUAUUCGUUCCAUGUAAUUAUAACACAGGUCACACUAAGGGGGUAGGGGUCACAUUCUCUGAACAUCGGUCACAUGCUUUAUGUACGGCCCCUUAAGAAAUUACGGGAAACGAAUUCUAAGAAAUCAGCCAAAUUUUCGUUCAAGGUUUGCUUCUGGUUCAGAGUAUCUCGCUCUGUCAGAGUCUCAGAGAAACAUUAAAAUUAUAUACAUUAUUGUCAGAAUACUGCUUCAUGUGUACAUUACGCAAUUAUUAUGAAUCUAUUUCCGUCAUUCAUUGUUGAUAAGCGUAAAUAUUAUGCCCAAACCUCAACACACCUAUUUUUAAUUGUGCCCAAAGCAGGAAAUGGAGUGCAUGUGAGUUCUAACUCGAUACAAGUCUUAUUGUUAGGUCUGUGUCUGGGUAUAACGUUCGGAAUAGCCUUAAUUCCUCUCCUUGAAUCGGAUUGCGAUUCUCCAGUUUCAACGGAACUUGACAAUCACGUUAUCCAGACAAGAAAUGGAUUCAGUGCAGAGUCUCGUCAAAAGUCUUCUUCAGCCGAAUCCUUCCCCAGUGCAAAAAUGUUAAGGCCACGAUUCUAUAGCACGGAAUUGGGCCUUCGCAAGAAACUCGUGGCAGGAAUUAUAGUCACAGAUUACGCACAGCAAGAAAAUCUAGUUGCAAUCAACAAAACUUUAGCCCCCUUUGUGAAUCAGCUCUUGUUCUUUGUGGUGGGUCAAGAAGCGUCUCAGAGAGCGAAAAGUCUAGGGCUUGGUGGAGUGGUCACACUAACAUUUAAGCAAAAUGGCGAUUUCAUUAGCCUCAUUGGUUCGUCUAAAUUGGGAGUGUCGCAUUACAACCAUGUUGGACUUAUGGCCAUCAAAUACCUGGGGGAGAAACUCACGGAUCAUUAUGAUUUCUUUUUCCUCGGUCUCGACUUCAUUCAUGUCAAUGGGAGAAAUCUUCAGAAGGCCGUAAACCAGUUUACCAUUAGUCAGGAUGUCUUCUGGGGUGAUUCCAGUGAGGAAACGGCCUGUAGUUUAGAGAAAGGAUUGGUUUACAGCCGCUCCAUUUUGCGCAAGCUAUCCGUGAGGUUGGAUCGUUGUUUCGUGAGCACUAUGCUUAAGGCGAAAGACAGUCUGAAAAAUUGUUACCAGUACACAUUUGGAUCUCUGCAAUGUUCAGAAACUCUGCAGGCGCAGAAAUUCGUGACCGUGUCCACAACGGAUGUGGACAAAUUCUCUUCAGCCAUAUCCAUCGGACCUGUGAGCAGUUCCAGCGAAAUGUACUGGAUUCACCUCAUAAUUUCAAAGAAUAGAGAUGAGAAAAUUGACGAGAAGAUUACGAAUUUGUCUGCAAUAUUGAAUAGAAUGAAUUUACAAGUCCCUGAGGGCUAUCAAACAACUAAUAGUUGGCCUCCCGGGAUUCCAAACCCGCACCGACCACAAAGUCGAUUUGACGUUUUGAAAUGGAAAUUUUUCACGUCCACCAACCUUUACCCGCAAGACGAUCACAUAACGGAUGUGUCUUUGAAAGGAGUCGACAAGAUGGACGUAUCGCUCGUAAUCAACAACUCUGCCCUUCAUUUGAGUAGAAUACGACAUCAAAGGGCGGAAUCAUUCUCUUUCCAAUACGGCUACAGACGAUUGGAUGAAACACGAGGUAUGGAAUAUAUUCUUGAUUUCUUAGACUCAACUGGAACACUGAUCAGGACUGAAAGUUUGCGACCAAUAAGCAAAGUUGAAAUCGUGCCCAUGCCCUUUGUUACCGAGAACAGAAGGGUCACAAUUGUGGUGCCAGUCACUUCCCAAGAUUUACAGUACAAUGAGACUGACGCAUUUCUUACCAACUAUUUUAACGCCGUGGAUAAAAAUUCAAAUAGCGUUGUGGUGAUAGCAAUAGUUAUGAUGGCGGAUGGGACUUUGUCACCCUCCGAUUUGGUUAAGUUACAAAAUUAUAAAAGAAUGAUAGCACUCCACAAUACGAAGCAUAACAGCAAAAACGACUCUGAUGUCGUCAAACCAUCAACAAUUCGAGCAGGUCAUGUUAUCGUAAAUCCAAGACAGUUGUUUAAAUCAUCAUCUCGUCAUUACACAUUGUCAGUGUUUGACAUGUUGUCAAAUCAGAUUCUGAGCUCAAAUACUCUAGUUCUGGCUCUUGAUGUGUUUGUGGAGAUAAAGGAGGAAUUUCUCAACCGUUGCAGAAUUAACACUAUUUUAAAUAGCCAGAUAUUUAGUCCAAUGCCCUUCAUAGAGUAUGAUCCCAAAGUAAGUGGGAGCAGGGUCAGCAAUAGCAGCAAGCCAGUAAAGUUGGAAAUUCACAAGUCGACAGGAUAUUUUGAUCCGGACUCGUUCAACUUUAUCAGUUUCUUCAUUGGAGACUAUUUGACGGCUCGGAAGCAGUCCAGACCACAACCAAGUCAUAGCAGGGCUUCUCAACCCAGUACAAACGGUAUUCUCCAGUUGUCUCGCCUAUUUCUCGAUGGAUCUCAAAAUUCUCAACUUCACUUUUUGCGUGCCCCUGAACCCACUUUGAUUAUUAGAUUUGACGACAAUCUGUACUCAAAUUGUUCUCAAGAAAAUCGUGAUUGUUUGAGGCGAAAGUGGGGUUCAAAAGCUUCACUCGCGAAGUUAAUUUUGGACUCUCAGAAGCCGAUGGUGGAUCAAUCGCUGUGACGCAAAAAUAAUGCUGCAAAGUAAUCUAAAUUCAUAUCUUUAUGUAUCUGCAUCAUUUCACUUUGUUACGUAUGAAAUCAGUAUUUUCGGACCUUUCGUCCUUACUACUUUCUAAAUUCAGCAAGAUGUAGGUUUGGGUAUGGGCAAACACAGGUUAUUUUUAUUUUAUUACUUAACAUUACUCUCCAGUUUCAGCUUGUGACAUUUUCAUAAUCGCAAGUAAUUUGUAACUUAUCUAGUUUCUUGAAUAGCUAGAAUAUAUGUAAGUAAUACCUUUUAACCAUUUACGUAAUUCUUACCAACUUUGUGAUCUUAAUUUCUUAUCAUAUUCUACGGUUCUAACAAUACGAUUGUAAUUUACGAUUACUUCUUUGGAUAAUAUCAUCAAUUUAUGACUACGAGUUACUACUGCGUGUCCGCAGUGCUCCUUGCUCUACCUGCAAAUAUUUGAACUACAACUGUACUACACAUAUUUUACAAUAUUAUCCUUCUAUUUAUGUAUGUAUGUACCACUCUGAUUUAUAAAAGCUCGGUAAAUUUAAAGCUCACAUUUGAUCUAAAGCUUAAAUAAUAACAAUAAUAUCUGUGAUACAAAGUAAAUAAAUUAUUUGAAAUUGUUGACUGAAAACUCUCGCGCAAACUAUUUACAGUUUUAUUCACUGAUCUGUACCUAUUUCCUUAUGAUGUAAGUAAAAAAAAGAAAUAGCGUAUACGGUUGAGUGCUGUGAUUAGCUUAAACGUA